AUGAGUCACCAAGGGCCUCUAUACCUGGGGUUCGACCUGUCCACCCAACAACUUAAGGCAAUCGUCGUAGACUCGGAUCUCAAAACAAUCGCUCAGUCCAAGGUCGAUUUCGACGCCGACUUUUCCAAAUAUGGCAUCCAGAAGGGCGUUCAUGUGCGUCCUUCCACGGGCGAAGUGUACGCUCCCGUCGCCAUGUGGAUGGAGUCGCUGGACCUCGUGCUCCAUCGUCUAUCAAAGGAGAUGCCUGUGCCCAUGUCGCGGAUCCGAGGCGUGAGCGGCUCGGGGCAACAGCACGGCAGUGUGUAUUGGAACUACCAGGCUCAUGACGCCUUGAAGGGUUUGGACGCGAGCAAGGAGCUGGUGGACCAGCUCUCGGGGGCGUUGGCCCAUGAGUGGUCCCCGAAUUGGCAGGAUCAGAGUACGCAAAGCGAGUGUGAUGCCUUUGACGUCGAGUUGGGGGAUAGGGAGAAGUUGGCCGGGGUUACGGGCAGCGGUGCCCAUCAUAGAUUCACAGGCACCCAAAUCAUGAGGAUGCGGCGCGUGCGCCCAGAAGUCUACGCCCAAACGUCACGCAUAUCCCUCGUGUCAUCGUGGCUCGCCUCCAUCCUGCUGGGGUCCAUUGCGCCCCUCGAUAUCAGCGACGUGUGCGGCAUGAAUCUAUGGGACAUUCCCAACCAGCAGUACAGCUCGGAGCUGCUCGCCCUCGCGGCGGGCAAAGACGGCGCUGACGACCUGCGCAAGAAGCUAGGCGAGCCGCAAAUGGACGGCGGAACCCCCUUUGGCAACAUCUCACCGUACUUUGUGGAAAGGUACGCUUUCCAUCCAGAAUGCCAGAUUGUGCCCUUCACGGGCGACAAUCCCGCCACCAUAUUGGCGCUGCCGUUGCGCCCCCUCGACGCCAUUGUCUCGCUGGGGACCUCGACGACCUUCUUGAUGAACACGCCCAAGUACAAGCCCGACGGCGCGUACCACUUCUUCAACCACCCGACUACCAAGGGCCACUACAUGUUCAUGCUGUGCUACAAAAACGGUGGACUGGCGCGUGAAAAGGUCCGCGACGCACUGCCCAAGCCCGCAGACGGCCAGACCGGCUGGGAGGCCUUUAACAAGGCCGUGCUGGAUACGCCGCCGCUGGCCAUGGCCAAGGAAGGAGACCAAGCCAAACUUGGGCUGUACUUUUAUCUGCGAGAGACGGUGCCGAAUAUCCGCGCGGGAACGUGGCGGUUUACGUGUGAUUCUGACGGCGGUAAUUUACAAGAGAGCCGGGAAGAGUGGUCCAAAGAGGUCGAUGCCCGUGUCAUUGUGGAAUCGCAGGCUCUGUCCAUGCGGCUACGAUCUCAGAAACUGGUCCACAGCCCGCGAGACGGACUCCCUGCGCAGCCGCGCCGGAUCUACCUCGUUGGCGGAGGAUCGCUCAACCCUGCCAUUGCCAGCGUCAUAGGCGACGUGCUCGGGGGCGCAGACGGCGUGUACAAGCUCGACGUGGGCGGCAGUGCGUGUGCGCUGGGGGGAGCAUACAAGGCGCUUUGGGCCAUGGAGCGCAAACACGGCGAGACAUUCGACCAAGUCAUCGGGAAGCGGUGGAAGGAGGAAGGCUCCAUUGAAAAGGUCGAUGCAGGAUUCAAAGACGGCACAUAUCAGACGUACGGCAGCGUGUUGGGGUCGUUUGAGGAAAUGGAGAAGAGGCUCCUCGCGGAGGAGCAGAAGCAGUAA